AUGGCAAUUCAAUGCGUCGAACAGAAUCACUUUGAGCCUAUUACCUGGAUUAGUGCCCCGGAGCCUGAUAUCCCAUUCUAUGAACAUACCGCUUCGGAAUCUAGUGUCCCCGGAUCUAGUAGCUCGGAGCCUAGUACCCCAGAACAUACUGCUGCCAAGUCAGCAGAGCCAGUCAAGCCAUCCAAGUUAUUCGAGCCAUUGGAGCUAGUCACAGUCAAACCAGUCAAGCCCGACCAGAAGAAGCCGGGAGAGGGAGAGAGGCCGGUAUACCUCCCGCGUGCAGACAGAUUGAAUCAAAAGGCAACUAAGGGAAAUGCACAGGGCCUCUUUCUUCCCGAUUGUUGUGUUUUUGUGGGAAACCUCUCCGUUAAGGUUUCUCCUGAAAAGUUGGAAGAAGAUCUUACAGAAAUGAUCUCUGCAUUUGGUCGGUGUCAUGUUAAGAUCAAAUUGUCCCAGGGUGUGAAGAAACUACCUGUUGGAUUUGUACAGUUUGAGGACACCAAAGCAGCAAAUUCUGCAUUGAAACAAAAUGGAAACCUGAUGCUCCAUAAUCGGGUGUUGAGAUUGGAAUCCUCCAAGGCAAGACGAACUGCCAACUUCGGCUAUCUCUCUGAUGCUCCCAUCGAGAAAUCUGAAGUCGUCGAUGCCCUGAAGGGACGUGGUAGUCUCGAGAGCAUAUCUAUUGAACACUUCGUCACCCCAGAAGGGGUCAACUCUACCUUUGGCGUUGUCACUUUCGCAUACCCCGACGAUUACGCAGAUGCCCUCCAGCAUUUUCAAAACAACCCCGAUUACUACAUGACCAGAUCCAACAUGGAUCCCAACAACGACAGUCAGCUUCCUCAGGAUUACCCUCCUGCAGGACACAGGCCGUCUAACCAGCCUCCCCCAAAUCGUGGCAAUCAGCAGCGAUACAACAAUGGCCGCAGAUCCUUCCACCGUCCAUGGUACAGCGGUAGCAACAACAACAACAACAACAACAGAGGCGGAUUCCGAAAUGCUCCUGCUCCUGCCCCCAGACAUCAAAACUCACCAUUUGCAAAUCAUGGUCACAGUCAAAGCUUCAAUGGUCAAGGCCAUUCGCCUCACGGCUCUUUCCCUCAGAACUACCCCAGUGGCAAUGGUUUCCCUCAGAACAACUUCAACCAGGGCUAUCCCAACCCCAACUUCAAUCAGAACUUCGCCAACAACUUCCACCCGAGCUAUCAGGGCAACAACUUCCCCGCGAACUACCCAAAUCAGAACUUCGUAGCUGCGGGUCCCUUUCCCAAUUCCCCUGUUCUGUUCAACCAGAUGCAAAUGCCUGAAGGCCCGCCCCCGCCAUAUCAUACCGAGUACACUGCUAUGCCAGCCCCGGGUUUUCCUGUGUUCGUGGGCAAUCAAUCAUACCAGCCUCCCAAUACUCUUCCUCCCAUCGUCACUCAGGCUCCCAAUACUCUUCCUCCAAUUGUCACUCAGCCUCAGCCUGUUGCUGGUCCUGUUCCUGGUCUUCGGCGAAAGCCCCCUCGUCCCGACUGUCCCUUGAUUGUCUCCAGCCAGCCCCAAUUUGAUACCGAACAUCACCGGCAACUCUACUAUGAGCCCUACCCUGCUGAGGAACCGGUUGCAAAUAUGCAGGCAAACUGGGCCGGUCACCCUGGUGCUUAUUUCGUGCAGCCUGACUACUACAACCAGCCUUACCCGCCCAACGCAUAUCGUCGCAGUCGCCAAUCUAGCAUGGAAAGUCAGCAGAACAUCAAUUCGCCGCCCAGGGUCAAUGAAUCCGAGUCGACCUUGACACAGACUAAAGUCGAGACCCCUGAGAUUGAAAGAGGUCGCCAACUAGUUCGGCCGCACCACCCCGACACCGAUGGAAGCUGUGACAUGGCUCCAGUGUCUCCUCCUGCUAAAGCAAAGAGUGAACCCGUCUCAAUGCAAGAUGCGGAUGGUUCCGCGGGAAGAAUUAACAUGGCAUAUGUGAGCAAAUCCACUGAGGCUCAGGUCGAGCUCGCGGCACCUGUGACUAUCGAGUCUGAAAACAAACCCACCAAGCCUGAAACUGAGCUCGUCCCGCCUCAGACCCAAUCCACCAGUUCUCCAACUCAUGAUCAAAAGAAAAAGGAGUUGAUGGAUGAAACCAAGCCAGCAUUGGAAAUCGACACCAACGGUGAAGAAAGCACCGGGUCCUCCGAGGCCGGCCCCAAGACACCAGACACCGAUGAGUCUCGGGAAGCCGCUAAAUUUCAAACUCCGGCCAAAGCUGCCUCACUGAAAUCAGCCGAUACAAAGACCCCUGAUACCGUCGAGACCCUCAAACCAGUCGAUAAGGGCACUCCAGACAAAGGCAAGUCCCCUGAAGUGGUCACACCCACCCCAACCAAGAGUGGCAGCAAAAGACUCGAGCCCGCAGUGCCAGACGACAAACAUCUACUGGCCCGCCAUGCUUUCCAGCAUCGCAAACCCCUCAAGAAAAAGUACCAGCCCAAGACCGACACCGGCAAAACAGUCGAGCAAUACACCCGCGAGAUCAAUGCGCAGCGCGGCUCGAUUGAUCGUGACUCGCGUGUCCCUGAGCAUCUCUUGCAAGAGGUGAUUCAAGAGCUAGAAAAUGAGCGCAGAGAUAAUAUUCGGAAGAGCCGGGGUCUCGGCCCCAGUGAUAAGAGCAGCGUUGACAGUGGCACUUCUUCGAAGAAGUAG